ACGGGCGCAAACAAAAAAGGGAAAAGGAAGCUGCGCUGCCGCCAUUUCAGGUGAAAAGCAACGCGGUCAGACCGUUACUGAGUGGUUAUAGUUUCAGAAAUUAGAUUUAUUUGUUGGGACUUCACCGUCUUGCCAUUUUAAGACCAAAUUUAGCCAUUUUAUUGCGCCAUAGGGGCCUCACAGUUACAGUCUGGGAAGCCUAGCGCCGUUGUUUUGAGACGACCAAGAAAAAAUGAGCUACGGAAGGCCGCCGCCAGACGUCGAGGGGAUGACCUCCCUGAAAGUGGACAACCUGACUUACAGAACUUCGCCGGAGACUCUUCGUCGUGUUUUUGAGAAGUACGGUCGGGUGGGGGACGUGUACAUCCCCCGGGACCGGUACACCAAGGAGAGCCGCGGCUUCGCAUUCGUACGUUUCCUCGACAAGCGCGACGCCGAAGACGCAAUGGACGCCAUGGAUGGCGCGCUGCUCGACGGGCGGGAGUUGCGGGUUCAGAUGGCCCGCUACGGACGGCCGCCUGACUCGAUGUAUAGCCGGAGAGGAGCUCCACCGCGCAGAUACGGGGGCUACGGACGCAGAAGCCGGAGUCGCUCAGCCAGUCCCCGCCGUCGCAGACGUAGCCGCAGCCGCUCCAGGAGUAGAAGCCGUUCCCGAUCCAGGAGCCGUAACCGUUACAGCCGCUCCAGGUCCCGUUCCUACUCCAGAUCAAGAUCGAGGUCCAGGUCAAAGUCAAAGUCCAAAUCCAAAUCUAAGUCCAAGUCCAGGACACCCAGGCGCAGCAAGUCGAAGACUCCUUCCAGGUCUCGGUCUCGCUCCAGGUCCAAAUCGCGAUCCAGGUCCAAGUCGAGGAGUCAAACCCCAGCAUCCAACAGGGCGUCAAAGUCCCGAUCCAGGUCAAAGUCCAAGAGUGGACCUAAAUCACCAGGAAACAACGAAGCAGAGCCUUAACCCAAAUGUGGACCCAAUAUGACGAUCUCGGUUGCAUUGAGCCUUUGAGGACAUCUGGAGCAGCCGCACUUUGAGCAAGAAGACUCCACUAUUACCACUGAAUGCAGACUGAAAGGUUAAUUGGAUGUUGGUCUAAAAUGUUUUAAAUGUUUAAAUUUGUUUGUAAUCUGCCAAUACAAAUUCUGUAACAUUGGCAUCAUUUGUAAAGUUGAGUAUAUUGAAAGGGAGGUGUUUUUUCAAUGUACUGUUUUUUGGGACGGGCUUUUUCAUUAAAUUUGUAAGUAAAUUCCUCUGAAUCAAAAUAAAAUUUUCAGCAGGCUCCAUUUACAAUUUUUUUUUUAUUGGUUGAAUACAAACCUAUUUGCAAAGCUGAUGUAGAAAAUGCUGUUUUUACUCUUUGUUUUCAGUAUUUACAGCUGUAUUGCCACUCUUUCUUGGGGGGGAAAUGGCUUAGUAUACAGUGACAUAAAAGCCACUUUGUGAUUUGCUUAAUCCAGCAACAUUUUUUCGGCUUUUUCUGUUUAGUUUAAGUUGCUUUCCUAUGACUCUAACCCUCUUUCUUGUGUAUCUUUUGUGCACUAGGCGCAGUUGUGUAGCAGUUGAGUAAUGCUGGUUAGCUGUUAAGAUGCGGUGCAGUGCGGUGGUGACAUGGUGUGGCGUGUUGCGGUGCUGAGUGCCCGGUGCAGUUCCGGGGCUCGACCCUUCGCUGCCGUUUGCCGGUUUGUAAGCUCACAGGUGUGGCAGAUCAUCCAUCCUCUCCUGUCUGUGACCUCUACUUCCCUACAUGUGCUGUACAUAUUGUCUUCUAUCCUUUUUACCCUUCCUUCUCUUUUGUGUCCCAACCUUCCCUCCGUGGUAUACCCACUAAAUUGGUCUUUGCUUUGAAAACUGGUCCAGUGGGACUCAAAGAGAAGGGUUAAGGGGCAGUUAAUGGUUUCUCAAAAAACCUUUUGAAUCGCAUUCUUCUGUGUACCUCAAAUGUCUUGUAACUACUUCAAAUGAAUGCAAAUAAAGAUCUUUGUUGGAAAUAAAAA